CAUGUCGGUAGAUCAAUUGGGCGCCACUUUCGGAAGAGAGAAUCGCGCUACACCCGUGAUGCUAUGUGAUCAAUAUCAGUGUUGCGUCUCAGCCUUUGGACCAACGUAAGGCAGACGGAUCUGAAAAUAGAGAAAAGAAAAGCGACAUGAAAGCCGUAACGCAUACUUGUACGUCAGGAAGCGUUUUAGAUUUUCCGGAAGGUGAAUCGAUCGAAGACAUCGCUGAGUCCGUAGACGAAUUGCGAGAAAAAUUAGCAAAUAUGAAGAGAUUGAUGGAAGAACGUAAGGGAACGACUCUGGGCGAGAUCAGUGCACGUAAAAGGAAAGAAGCUUCGGACAUAAUAGAUGGAAAUUUUCUUUCUUGGAUUUUUGGCUCUGCUCUCGUUGUUAUAUUAAGCGUUAGCUUUUACGCUUUUUAUAAUCUUUAUCACGCGGUACUUAAGAAAUUCCCUUCGCAUCAUACAGAGUUGUAAGAAAAAAGAAAAGAAAAAAAAGAAAAAAGAAAAUAGAAAAAAAAAACAAGAAAGUAAGAAAAAGGA